UCCUUUGCAGCAAAAUAGUUUCUCAUAUGGAGAGGCAAAUCAUAAACAAGAAGAAGCGAGUAUUUUCUCUUGAACCAAACAAGAACCCUAGUGCAGUUUUCACGAGAAAAUACACAAGCCACUUGGUUCCUGCACUCAAGAAGCUCAACAUGAACAAGAACUCUUCAAAACAAACCGUGAAGCAUGAAGUAGACAUGGCUUUGGCUUUGUCUGCUCAAGAAUUUGCAUGGAGCCGUUUCUUGCUACAGAAGCUAUCGUCCUCGACGAAUCCAACCACUACUACUUCUUCUUCCGAUGGAAUUCGGAUUCUCGAAAGAUCCGAUAAAGAAGGUGGAAACAAAGAAGGAGAGAUAGAGGAGAAACUGAGGGAAUUGCAGAAGCUUUUGCCAGGGGGAGAAGAGAUGAAUGUGGAAGAAAUGUUGAGUGAGAUUGGUAAUUACAUUAAAUGUCUUGAGUUACAGACGAUUGCUCUCAAGUCCAUUGUUCAAGAUAGUACUUGACUUUUAGUUUAAGUGUGUAAUUUAUAGUUUGUUUUAUGUUUUAUCUUUAAACGAAAAUCAUCUUGUGUGUUUUUUCUCUUAAUUUCUUCAAGAACAGGAGCAUGUAUUAUAGUGUUUUCCUUUUCCUAUCCUUAAUUAAUCAUGGUUACGAAA